CAGGCCCACGGGGGCAGAUGGAAUGAAAAGCUCACAAGCCACAAGCCAGUUCGGUGCUGGCCAUUGUCAACUUAUCUGAUAAACAAUCAGAGCUCCAGUUCCCUCCAUGAACGGCCACUUGCCCAUCCUAGUCAGAUUCCUGGUCCUGGAGGUCGACGAUUAUCUCAAAGACGUCACGCUUCCAUUAACUGCACUUCUCCGUUCCCACGACUGUGCGUCUGUGCCCCCUUCUUUAUUCUCCUCACUCAGUUGCCUGCCUUUUCCGCUCUCUUACCUUCCAUGUUUUGAUCCCAACCCGCGCCGAAAGGGCAUUUGGUAAUUGGAAAUGCAGUUGCAGAGCCAUUAACAGGUAAUCUCAAGUCUCAUGGUGAAUAGUUCAUUCCCAGUUACCUAGCUCUGCAACUUUCCCAUUUUCAUAAAGUUGGAUACUUCUGAUGAACAAGCUUGUGGGGGUUUCUUUCUCUAAUUGUUUUCUAGUAUCUUUUCACUUUUCUCGGUAGGAAGUGCAUAAAGCUGGUUCCUUUACUUUGGAUUUUAAAAAUAGUGGUUCAACCGGAAAGGAAGGAAUUCUUAUGGGGAUCACAGCUGAUAUCAUUCUUAUGCUUUGUCUUUUAUCUGUGUGGGUUGUCAAGAAAUGAACUCUAUUUUUGUCUUUGACGAUGGAUCCGAGUACUGCACACCAAUUGUUUGCUGAAAUUCUCCUUUCAGAAAUUGGUGUUACCAUCCUUCAUUCACUGACUGGUUUCUUCUUUGAUCCUCUCAAUUUAGCCAUAGGACAUGCACACGCUUUGCUGAGCCAAUGUUGUGAAUGAAGAUAUAAACUAGGCUUACCAUCCUUUUGGCCUUCAAUGGAUUCUGGCACUUGCUUGUGUAGACACAAUUCGAGGCCUCGUAGCCUUGUCCACCAGAUUAAAGUCCAUGCUGUAACUCAAUCCUCUCCUUCCCAAAUACUCUCGUGCGUUGAGAAAGCGCCCAAAUAUGCUUGCAUUUCACUUGUGCCAACUGCUGAUGAUUCAGACAGUGCCUCAAGCAGUCAGCAAGCAGGAUCGAAUUGUCUUCGUGAUGUCCAUAUUUCAGCACGGUUGAUGGAGGAUUUCCUUGAGCUGGCUAAACAAAAUACAGACAAGGAUCUUGAGACAUGUGGGGUUCUUGGUGCUUUCCUUGAAAGCGGGACCUAUUACGUCACCACUCUGAUCAUACCCAAGCAAGAGUCCACUUCCAACUCCUGUGAGGCAAAAAGGGAGGAGGAAUACUUUACAAUACAGAACGAACGAUCUCUUUCCCCAGUUGGAUGGAUCCAUACACAUCCUUCUCAGAGUUGUUUUAUGUCAUCAAUUGACUUGCACACUCAUUACUCGUAUCAGGCAAUGAUACCAGAAGCAUUUGCCAUUGUCAUGGCUCCAACUGAUACAUCAAGGAGUUAUGGGAUAUUCCGGCUAUCUAAUCCAGGAGGGAUGAGCGUGGUGGGGCAAUGCCCAGAGAUGGGAUUCCACACUCAUGAAGAACCAGAAGAUGGGAGCCCCAUUUACGAGCACUGCUCUAACGUAUACACCAACUCCAAUCUGAGGUUUGAAAUAUUUGACUUGCGAUAAUAAUCAUUCUGAGACGACAGCAGCAUAAACAUGUACAGCACACGGUGCCAAAUAUAUCAGUCAGCUUAAGAACAAUGGACUUCUGUCCUGAUUUUCGUUUGAAUCCGAGAUCCUUCAAAUCAUUGGUAGGGAACUACUACUAUUACUACCACCUGCUGUGUGUCUUCUGGACAUAUAAUAAUAUGAUGGAAAUGGCAGAAGCUGGAAUUGAUUUCAUUCAUCUCAUGUAAUCUAAAAUCCAAGGCUGGUCUCAUCUUUUGCUGCAAUGUUCACGAUUCCAGCUUCAGCUCAUUUGUAUAUCUAUCUAGACUGGUUCAACCAGUUGUUGUUAAGUUUGCUCUCCUGGCAGAUAAAUUAGCAUACCGCCAAGAUUUCGCCCUUGUGUUUCAUCUAUUGUUCUUACUAUGUCCACCAUGGCUAGAUAGAUAUUUCCAAAAGACUUGGUCUGUUUGUUGGAAUCAUAGGAUUGAACGCAUCAUCUUUAAUUCCCAAAGCUGAAUGAUUCAAAUCAAUGCAAGUCCAGCCUGGAAAUAGGAAGAGGGCCGUGAGAAACCAACUUGCUCUGUUUUUUUUGUUUCUUUCCUAAAAGAUGCUGUAGUUGGCACAACCAUCCAAAACCCAUGACAGCACCAGUGGCGCAAAAAACAGGGAACCUGGUAUUGCCGGGUCGUGGUGGAGCUCCUUAGAAACGCAGGAAUCAUUUUUCUGAAACGAAAUCACCCAACCCACGACCACACAAUAGAAUAACACGGUUAGGAUCCA